GAAACGUACAUAGAUGCCGUAACGCAUUUAAAUAGACAACAAUUUUUAAGAUAAUAUCGUCUUUACAGUUUGGUCAUGUAAAUGGUCAACAUAAUGGUUCACAUACCAUGACUUCUUUCUGAAUACAAUGCAAGGUAUGUUUGAGCAUCUAUCUGAAUAGAAACAGCAACAUGGUGCGUGUAAUCACAGUUCAUAAUUUCCUGGGACAAAACAUCACACAAAUUGAGGAGCCAACUGCAAGCUGCAUAGCAAAUGCAUCUGGACAUGAAAUGCUCCUUUUAGCACUUUCAACACAUUGUGUUGAAGUAUGGGAACUAACAAUGUCUGAUAUUAAAUUACAUACUGUAUUCCCAACAGUUGACAUGAUUAAUCAAAUGGUACACUGUUCUAAAGGAGAUUAUGUGGUCACACUUGAAUCAAAAUAUGCUAGAGAUGCAAGUAUUAAUAAUCAGAUUGGGAAAGCAACUAAUAAUUUUGUUAGAAUUUAUGUCAACUGGGCUAUAGUCAAAGAUCAAAGUCAACCUAUGCGUGCUAGAAUAGCAGGACGUGUUACUCCAAGCUUAAACAGACCUUUAAAUAGUUUAGAGAUGAUAGAGUUACCAUUAAGUGUACAGCCCACAUUAAUUGCUUGCUGCCAAAGCACUGGAAACCUGUUAGUAGCUUCAGGAAAUAGUGCUAUUCUCCACGAAUUCAAAGUUGAAACACAGCAAGUGUCCAAAAUGAAGUUCAUAGAUUUUGAGGCACGACCAUGGUCUUUGGGAUUUUCUUUUUGCCCUACACGUAUAGAGAUUGUUGAAGAUUUUAUAUCAGUCAUGGAUAAAACAAAUUUAUGUGUUUUUAGACUAACUAACUCAAUGUAUGAAGAUAUUGAUCAAUUGAGCUCUUUAACUUCUACAAAUUCCUCUUCUAUUGACAAGACAUCUAUAUCUACUGAUUCUUCUCUUGUGGAAUAUAGUAGUAGUGUGGGAAAGCAAGAGGAGAAUGUAAUGCAGCAAACAACAAAUUCAAAAUACAGAAAUUCUUCUCAAGAUCUUCAUUUUGUUACAUCGGAAAUCAAUGAUGCUAUUGGAAUAAACCCAAAAUCUAAGAAUAAGAAACAUAAGAACUCCAAAACAAAUGUAUGGUAUAAACUAGAAACUGGAGAUUUCAAUAUAAUAAAAUCUAACAAUAACAAAACUAUCAUAGAUUUGGAUCGUUUAGUACGCAAUGAAAGGGAUGAGUUACAAAGGUUAAUCACUCAAGAUGUUAUUGAUGGAAGUUUACAACCACUAACUAUAAACUUUCCAUCCAUAAGUGUAGAAAGAGCAGGGCCUGGGCAUACUUUAAGUCCUUUUAUAUUAAAUCCAUCAGAUAUCAGAGUUGCAAUUAAAACAAACUCUCCUGACUUGGGCUGGUCAGAAAAUUAUAUAAUAAAAAAUUUAUUGUCUCUUAAAAUUGUGCCAGUUAACAAUAACUCUAAACUUGAUGGAAACUCUGAAUUAUUCAGUUGCUUAUUGCUUAAGCCGCUUUAUAUGAAAAAGGAAUGCAACAGUUCUUGCUUGAAAAAAUCAAUUCUCAGGUCAGAAGUGUAUAGGUACUUGCAAGGUGUAAGCUGUUUCUUAUGUACUCUACAAGAAGGAUACCUUUAUCACUUCUCUGCUACUAGUACCAAUCCUACAGAUGCAACAUGCUUAACUACUUAUCCAUUUACUGCCCCAGUUAAUCAUGUAGCUUUGGAACACACGGCUCUACAUGCACUGACCGAAGCUGGUCUAGAAUCUUAUACUUUACGUUUGUCCCAUCAUAUCGCGAGAACGUCAAACAAUCUAGAUAAUUUGAAAAUUACAUGUCCUAGUGUCUCUGAACCCGUUUGCCUAAUCGGCUUGCGACCAUUUCUGGGGAUACAACAAGUAUUACAUAGCAAAAGCUACUUAAUUCUCUUAGCCAAAGCAGAGAAUUCAUGGACUCUAUACUCUUUAAUUUUACCUAAACUGGAGAAUUUAUAUUACGACAUUUUAAACACAGCAAGAAGUCACAAAUCUUCCAGUCCUAGCACCUAUAGACAUUUACUUGGAGAAGCCCAUGCUCUGAUACGUUUAGCAAAAGACACUUCGUGCAAUUGUUCGGAUAACGAUGAAGUUGAUGACAUUGCAAACAAAAAUGGGCUGAAAUUGAAAAAUUUAUACAAUCAAUCUUGUGCACUACUUGCGGAUUAUUAUAUUCGGUCGGAAUACGAAUCGGAUUGGGAUCUUUGUAUACCAUAUUACAAGAUGUCGGGACUGAAACCCGUGGAGGUGUUGUCCAGAAAAUCGAGUCAUGAUGCGCCAGGUCUUGUUACUUUCCUAACGGAUAUACUUCUGACCCUAAAAAGUGGUUCAGAGGCUGAUGCGUUGUUUCAAGGAUUUAAUAUCAUAGAAAUGAUUUGUAAAUUAAAGAAGGGAGACUUACUGAAAUUAAUCUUCAGCAGCUCUGUUCUGCGAGAGUAUACCACAGAAAAGUUGAUACAUCUUUUACUACUGUAUGAAACCGACGAAUUAAUUAAGCUAGCUUUGACGGUUUUAUAUAUUCAAGCUGAGAAGCAUGAACAAGCAGAGAAAAUACUUGAACCAGUUUCAACGCAAUGUAUUAAAAGGGUAAUUAUCGAACAUUGGGACUUAUUAUUCGACAUGACGGCCAUGCGAAAGAGAAGUCCGAUGAUUCCAACAUUCUCCGAUUUGGCCGGUACAUUAAUGCGUCAAAAGAAUUCGACGUUUGCUGAUAUUCUAAUACAGAUAAUAGAAGACGAUGGAAUUCUAUCUCUUCAUCAAAUUAUACAAGUGUUUUUAGAGUAUCUACCCUCGAGGGUGGGUCGGGAUGGACAUAGUGCAGCGAUGGCGUUACAAGUUUUCCUCGAGAAAUAUCUUCACAAUUACUUCAGUACAAAGUUAAUCACAGAUUCGUCUGUUAUAAAUAAAAAUCAAAUACACACGGACUUUGCCUUAGUCGAGGCAUUCAAGCUAUUAGUACGCUCGUAUUUGGGAAAAUUGUCUCAAACGAAAGUGUACAAACUAGAGAAUAGAGAAAGCAUAGAAGAAAAUUAUACUAAUUUUAUAUUUUCAAAGUUCAGACCUGAUUAUCUAGAUAGAAUGCCACCUUACGCGAAAGAUUAUCAAAAAAUGUUAAAUACGAAUAAUGUAAAGGAUUUAGCAAACAUUGAUAAGACUGUCUCUGACAAAACUAUACCUGCGGAAUUGUUCAAACUACAAUUGUUACUCUCUUGCGAUUUUGUACCAAACGAAUGCUUACAUGAAGUGAAGCAAUUUCUUGAUAGCCAAGAAAUUGAAGGUAGUUUAUCUUUAAAAACUUUAUGCAUUCAGAACAUAGAGGAAGUAACUGUGCUUUUGAUGGAGAACUGUCCUCAAGCUAUUAUACAAUAUGCAAAGGAUAUUUAUACCAGAGAGUCUGAAUGGAAAUAUUUAAUCGAAUUAACGCAGAGAAAAAUUUCUAUGUCAAAUACACGACAAGAGUUACACUGUUUGUACACACAAAUCAUGAAAGAAAUUUUAAAUUAUCUACCCCAUACAUUGUCAUUAGACGGUCUUCAUCGUGUUGUUCCAAAAGACGACAUCAUAGCAUUUCAAAAAUGCACCGAAAUGUGUACUCAGAUUAUGCAUGCAGAACACGUGAAAUCCUUAAUGAUGGAAACUGGACAACAACUUUUGUCAACUCUAAAAUUAUGAGCAACAGUUUUAACUAAAUAAUUGUAUCGUCGUAGGACGAUAGCAU